AUGUCAAUCUCGCUCAAAGCAGAUAUUCAUCAUCCCUCUCUUAGUUGUGGGACUAAGCUUUACUCUGGGUUGAAGCUUCAGUCUCCCUGUUUGUUUGCAACUGGGAAACCGAAUUUGAGUGCAGACUUUUAUAGCAGAGUUAAUAAAAGUCUCCAAUACGGAACUCGAAAUUGCAAACCAUCAAGGUCACGAGUUGGAAUGAUACCUAUAGGAACUCCAAAAGUUCCCUAUAGUGUUCCUGGUGAAGGAACUUGGCAAUGGGUUGAUUUAUGGAAUGCACUGUACCGAGAGCGUGUUAUCUUCAUCGGACAACAUAUAGAAGAGGAAUUUAGCAACCAAAUAUUGGCAACAAUGUUAUACCUUGAUAGUAUUGAUGAUAAUAAAAGGCUUUACUUUUACAUCAAUGGUCCUGGUGGAGAUCUUACUCCUAGCUUGGCGAUCUAUGAUACCAUGCAAAGCUUGAAAAGCCCUGUAGGCACCCAUUGUGCAGGCUAUGCCUACAAUCUAGCAGGCUUCCUUCUUGAGGCUGGGGAAAAGGGUAAUCGUUUUGCGAUGCCUCUUUCAAGAAUUGCUCUUCAGUCUCCAGCUGGUGCAGCUCGUGGUCAGGCUGAUGAUAUCCAAAAUGAAGCAAAUGAGCUUCUUAGAAUCAGAGAUUGCCUUUUCAAUGAGCUUGCUAAGAACACAGGCCAGUCUGUUGAGACGAUUAACAAGGACUUAAGUAGGAUGAAACGCUUCAAUGCUCAAGAGGCUCUUGAAUAUGGACUCAUCGACCGUAUAGUCAGACCUCCUCGCAUCAAAGCAGAUGCGGCUCUCAAGGAUGCGGAACAAGCCUUGGUUAGUGUUCUUUAUUAUUUCCCCAUGACAUGGGCUGAUAACCGUAAUAAUCUUUUGUAUCUUAUUAAGCUUAUUCACACUUUUAGAUUUAGUCAUUUGAUUUCUUAUAUAUUUGAGCAAGCUGUUAUGUCAAAAGCUACAUAA